UUUGAUUCACAUCUUCCCUUCACACAAGUAAGAAAAAAAAAUUAAAGAAUCUUUUCUUGAUCUUUUUCCAUUUCUUUUUUCUUCAUAGCUAUGAUUUUUGAUAGGGAUGCUGCUAGGUUUGCUGUUGGUGUUAUUGGGAAUGCCAUUGCGCUAAUCUUGUUCUUGUCUCCUUUGACGACUUUUGUUCGUAUAUGGAAAAGCAAGUCUGUGGAGCAAUUUUCUCCAGUUCCAUACCUAGCCACAUUUAUCAACUGUGGGCUUUGGGUGUUGUACGGUCUCCCAUGGGUUCAACCUCACAGCCUUUUAGUUAUAACCAUUAACGGUACUGGUCUAGGUAUCGAGGUCGUGUACCUUAUGCUGUUUUUCUUGUACUCUGAUCGUAAGCAGAGGACGAAAGUUUUUCUAAUGGUCCUUGCUGAGAUUAUUUUUCUUGCUGCACUCGCCUUUUGUGUUCUAACUUUUGUCCAUGAGGCGAAGAAAAGGGCAGCCAUUGUUGGUAGCAUUUGCAUGGCGGGCAAUAUUUUGAUGUAUGCUGCUCCUUUGUCCGUCAUGAAACUGGUGAUCAAGACCAAAAGUGUGGAGUACAUGCCUUUCUUCCUUUCACUUUUCUCUUUUCUCAAUGGUGUGUGUUGGACUGCUUAUGCCCUCAUCCGAUUUGAUGCCUACAUUCUUGCACCUAAUUCAAUGGGAACUGUUCUUGGGCUGGCCCAAUUGCUGAUUUAUGCUGCAUUUUACAAGUCUACUAAGAGACAGAUGGCAGAAAGAGAGGCUAAAGGAGAAAUGGUUAUGACUGAAAAGUCUGUUUCGGGUCGGGUUGCCCAAAAUCCAAGAAAUGAUUUUAGAGUUUGAGUUUGUGGUUCUUGAAAGCCCAUUUAACUUUAGUAUUUUGAUAGUUAAACCCAUCUUUCGUUGGGCUUUUUGUUUUUCAUGACUCCUUAGCACCCACACCCACCCCGGUGCCUAAGAUACCCUACCCCAUGUAA